AUGGCAGACUGCAAGGUACUCUUCUUCCUGGUUUUGGCCCUCGCCAUUACUUUUGUCUCAGCUGGUCGGAUUCUUAAUGAAGAAGAAGAUAUUGGGUUGGUCCCUUUGCCUACCACAAGUUCAGGCCCCUUUCCCAUUCCUAGUUCAGUUCCUGCAACUGGUAUCGCUUUUGGUACAGGUCCAGCCUCAGGCGGUUCAGUUCCCUUGACUUCUACUUUUACUAGCCCCGGACCUCUACCAACCACUGGUUCUAGCCUUUUACCGGUUGCUAGUGCGAGUCCCUUGCCUGUUACUGGCCCUGGUCCUCUACCCACCACUGGUUCUGGUCCCUUACCGGGUGCUAGUUCGGGUAUUUUCUCUAGUGCAGGUUCAGGGCCUUUGCCUACUGUCGUUUCAGGUGCCGCAGCUACGGGUCAGGGAGCAGGUGCCGGGUCAGCGAUUGGUGGUUCAGCUCCCGACCACACUUUGGUUUUCUUCAUGCAUGAUAUACUCGGGGGCUCAAAUCCGACAGCCAGAGCUGUGACUGGAGUCGUUGCAAACGCAGCUCUCAGUGGCCAAAUUCCAUUCGCUAAGACCAAUGGCGCAAACCUCCCUAUUAGUAACGGUGUUCCAACAGACAAUAACAACAAUGGAAUCCUGAAUAACAACAACGUUCCACUUCUUGUCGGGCUUGGCGGAACCACUUCCAACAUCCUACAGAGCAACGGAAACAACAUGUUGAACGGUCUCCCUGUGGCUAACGGUGGCCAGCUCCCAUCGGGUUCUUCUCUUCAGAUGCUCAUGUUUGGGACAUUGACGGUGAUAGACAACGAACUUACUGAAGGGCAUGAACUGGGGUCCGGUCUGCUUGGUAAAGCCCAGGGCUUCUAUGUGGCGAGCGCCAUUGAUGGAACCAGCCAGACUAUGGCUUUCACGGCUAUGUUUGAGAGUGGUGGUUAUGAAGAUAGCAUCAGUUUCUUUGGUAUACAUAGAACAGCGACAUCAGAAUCUCAUCUUGGGGUCAUGGGUGGUACCGGUAAGUAUAUGAAUGCGAGAGGAUACGCCAUUGUCAAGACUUUUACAGGUGCCUCCGGGACCCAACAGCAGCAGCCGCAACGGUUCACAGAUGGACUCGAAACUGUUUUGGAGUGCACCGUUUAUCUUUCUUACUAGCUUUUUUUUUUCUCCCUCUUCUCUAUUUGUUCUUUGUCGUUUUGAAAUGUAACAAAAUGUGAAAAUCUAUUAAUUUGACAACAAAUCCCCCACGUUAAUUUCAAAUUUCACAUAGGAAC